GUGUUGUGUACUCGCUGGGCUUGGGUCUCGCUUCGUUCCGUCUUUCCGCAUUUAUCGACCACGACGGCCGACGUUCUCGUCGUUCGAUAGCGACGACGACGACGGCUCGCUUGCGCCAGACACUCGAGCGAACGAACGCGCGCGAUAAGCGAGGAUCCCUUUGUUCCUCUGACGAUCUCCUUACGUCCCCCUCCCGCGCGUUCGCUGUCACUGUUUUCAACGCGAUUGCGUAAACCGUUCGGAGCGCGCAUCCGUUUUCCAAUUCGGCCGCUCCACGCACGCAUUCCACGGCCCCCCUUGUUUACAGGGGCGGAAUAACGAAUAACGCGCCACUCGGCGUGGCCGCCCUUCCUCCCGCUUCGUGACUUUCCCGUCGAUUGUCCCUGAGCGCGCGAUUCGCGCACAGCUGUGCGCUGCGUUGUGCAACACAUCGUAUCUCUCUCCCUCUCCUUUGCGCGAUGGCUGGCAAAAUAGACUCCCCGUCCCGUUCCGUUCCGUUCCGUUUCCACCGCCAGCCGUCGUCAACACACCGCGCUACUACGGCACGGGCUGGCCGAUGUACUUUCCCACUUUUCGUACGCGUUGAAUAAUGCACUCCGUGACGACGACGACGACGCUCUGCGAGACUUGAGCGUCGACGGCGGCAGUAAUGUCCGCGACUCGCGGAGUCGGUCCAGCGGUCCGCGAACGGUGCACCUUGAACGUGGGUUCUUUGUCCUCCGCGCGCGACUAUUACGCCCGUCCCGUUGCGCGAAUAAUUGCUCCCCUCGCGCCCACCCGGGGGUUACUCUCCUCCCUGGAUGUCGAGGCCGCCGUGUUCACGGGAGGACGUGUGCGGCGAGUGUUGCCAUCCUUUGUUCCCGUGUCGCUCCUCCCGUGUCGCUCGUUGACCAAACACCGCGCGUUAUCGAGUCUCUGGAGGGCCUCGGUACGAAUGGCUGACUUGUAGUUUCAAGACAAUGUUUGUAGGAUGUUCGUUUGUUGACAAAUAGAUGAGAAAAGGCCAAACAGUAGCGAGGCUAGUUAAGGUGACAGUGCGAAAAGAUUGUACUUGGAUAAUUAACAGUGCGAACGCUUCGACGUUACAGUAUCGUCGUCAGCGCAAAUUCAUGUCGUUUGUCGUUGACAGUCGUACAGUGAAAUUGUUGCUUUCGUGUGUUUACAUACGUAUGCUUGUCCUUGGGAACAGUCGUUAUGCGUCGAAAUAGUAAAUAGUAAACAGUGUUUUAAGAUAAACAAUAUUUUUUAAUUGUCACAAUUUAAAAGACAAAAUUAUACCUCGAUAUAUUAUAUUUAGGUUACGAGUAUCGAACGAAAGGAAAUUAAUAAAAAAAGUGAGCGUACAAUAGCAAAGCAAUGGCGAUGCAUUGUAAUCUCAAAUAAAUAACUCCAUUAUUUUCUCUAUUUGGUUUUGUAUCAUUUAGAAAGUUUCCAAACUUGUAAAAGUUACUAGAUUUGACGCAUAGUGGCAAAUGUUUUCCAGAUUCCCUUUAGGGUCUCUAGAUAGAACGUUUCUGUUGUAGAGCACAUGGUAGAUUAGGCUUUAAAGCCUCGAUACGAGACAGUUGUUGCAGCGCGUAACGGCUUUAGCAGAGCAACUGAUUCAUCAUUUCAAGGCAAUAUUUAUAAAGUAUUCCUUUACUGUUGGUGGCCGUGCAGUAAAACUGUUACUUUUACGUGUUUACAAAUAUACGUCCGUUCAGUACGUUGCUUUGUGAACAUAGUUUAGAUCUGAGCCCACGAUAUUGACUUGAAACAAAGACUAGGAGCAUAAAACAUUGUCUUAAACAUAAAAAAAAACACAAGUGUCCAUUCUGUCGAAGCUCUUCCUUUGUAUCGGCGCGAUCUUUCUAGAUUCCGCGGGAUUGUGCCCUCGUGUCUCGUGGAGCUGUUUACAGAGCACGACUUUUAAUUGGGACUUCACGUUCUGGCAUAAUUUUCCGUGCGCGACUUUUCAACACAAUUUCUCGUGGAAUCGAAGGGUCCAAAGUGUACGACGUUCGGGAAAUUCGAACGUAACUUGGAACAAUCCACUUGUUAGGCACAAAACGCGCAAAUACUUGAUAGAUAAAAUUAACUGAGGAAUAAAAGAUGUCUGCGGAAUCGCCGAGGCGAGGUGUGCACAAAGGAGCUCAAGUUGUUUCGCCCCAGCCCAUAGUGGACCGAUCGAUCAUCGACAGUGUUGCCGGGAUCAUCAACGAUAUAGUACCGCAGGGCUACGCCGGAGUGUCCAACUCCGAUAACAAGGAAAGCAUAUCAUGGGCGCGGUUUGAAUACGCGGAUAUAAACGACCCCGCUUUAUAUCCCGAUUACAAUGAAGGUUCCAGCACGCCGCCGUUGUUGUUGGUACUAGGAUACGCGGUUGGCGUUCAGGUAUGGCUGAUAGCAGCGACGGGCGAGGCAACGGAAGUCCUGUCGUGGCGGCAGGGUGUGGUUCGUACCCUUCGAAUUCUACCAAAUCCAAAGACUGACGACGAACACGCCGACGAAUUCGAAGCGAAACGGCCGAUGGUAGCGAUCUGCUCCGAGCCGGAUUCGAGCCUUCCGGGACCAAAGUUUUGCGAUGUCAACUUCAUCUCCUUGAAGACCGGCGAGCAAGUGCACAGCGUAGGAUUCAAGCAUCCCGUUUGCGACGUGCUGGCGAACAGGCGGUCUGUGGUCGUAACGUUAUUAGAAAAAAUUGCGGUCUUCGAUGCCAGAACAUUGCAAAAUAAUAUUACAAUCACGACCUGCUACGCCAGCCCUGGCCCAAAUCCAAAUCCCGUCGCCCUGGGAACACGAUGGCUCGCUUACAGCGAGAAAAAGUUAAUACCCGCGAGAAGAAGCAGCGGUGGUUGCGAGGGGGAGGGCGUUCAAAGUUACACCGCGACGGUUUUAUACGCGGCGAAGUCACUGGGAAAAGGACUUCGUGGAUUGGGUGAAACCGUGGCGUCAAGUCUCACCGGGAACUCGGUGUCGCCGAUGGCCGUCAAUAACGCGGGCAACGACGUCACGCAGCCGGGCGUCGUCACGAUACUAGAUCUUCAGGUCGCGAGGGACGAGAAGGAACUGGACGACGCGAACGCGGACGCCGUGAUCGCUCAUUUCACCGCCCAUAGCGACGCGAUCGUCGCCAUGACUUUCGAUCUGACCGGUGCGUUAUUAAUGACGGCGGACAAGAGGGGACACGACUUCCAUAUCUUUAGAAUCCAGCCGCAUCCUGGUGGGCCAACAUUGGCGGCGGUACAUCAUUUAUAUAUUUUACAUCGUGGCGACACCACCGCCAAAGUACAGGACAUGGUAUUUUCGAGCGAUACACGUUGGGCCGCUAUUUCAACCGUGAGAGGUACAACGCAUGUUUUUCCUGUCGCACCUUAUGGAGGUCCUGUUGGUGUCAGGACGCAUUCUACACCCAAUGUCGUCAAUAGACUAUCGAGAUUCCACAAAAGUGCAGGCUUGACGGACGAUGGCACUCGAUCCCACUCUCCUGUGUCACACACUGAACUGCCUUUGUCUGUGUAUCCCUACUCCAAUCCUAGACUUCCUCCGUACCCUCAUCCAACGAUACUGCAUCCUCUGUCGCAGAUUCGGCAACCGUCGUCUUUGAAUCAAGUCAACAGCUCCACGCAGCCAAGACCGCAACAGAGGCAACGGUUACAUUCUGACGACAGUGGGACUUUACCGUUGAAGAUCUGCGCGUGUUUUGCUCCGCCGAGAGCUUGGAUGUACGCGCAAAGGGAGUCCAGUAGCAAAGUUGUCAAAAGGGCGGUCGAUUCUCUGUUUAUCAUGGCGUGCCAUGGAAACAUGAUACAGUAUGACUUGGAUCCCAAACCAGCUGCUGGAGUACCAAAGGAGAAAGUUUGCGACGACACUACCAUUGAAUUGGAGGUCGAAGUUAAGGGACAGUGGCCACUUUGUAGAUCUCCCAAUUCAUCGGAUCUCAUCUUACCGUUGUCUCUGUCGAACCCGUUGCUCAGUGUUUCGUUCGCGCCAAAGAACAAUCAGGAAUUUGAAACUGUCGAGGAUCGUUGGUUGAGUCAAGUGGAAAUCGUGACGCACGCUGGACCGCACAGACGAUUAUGGAUGGGCCCACAAUUCGUCUUCAAGACUUACAACGCACCUAGCGGUGUUGCUGUUAAUCUGGUCGAAGCGGAGGCAGUGGAGAUUGGAAUCACGGGAUCCCGCCCAGCGAGAUCGAAACCCGUUAAUAUGCCCCAUGCGGCGUCCAGGCCGUUGAUGCCGGUUGUCAUUGACGGAUCAGGAAGCAGUUAUGAACAAUCGCCGAGAUUCGUGGAGGCUUACGGUGAUCCUCUGGAUAGCGAGAACGUGGCCGUUGGUAGUUGCGAGAGCCAACUGAGAGAAGAUCUCGCGGAGGCUAUGCUCGAGAUAUCAAUCGCGUCGCAUCGUGCUCCAGGGAGGCGUACGGUAUUUGAGAGGGUGGGUCAGCCGGUAACUAAAGUCGUCAACCCUCACACCGGCACCGUGAUUACCGUGUCGGCCGACGAGGAUGAGGAUGCUAUUAGCUCCGUACUGGAGUACGACUCCGCCGCGGAGGAGAUCCACGCGCCUAGAAGCGUGUGCGCGGAGGAGGGCCCGGCCUCGCUCGGCGCGGCCGACCUUCCGGACGAGCCGGAGAGCCGGGCGCUGAGUCGCGAGCUCACCGAGAUCUGCGCGGAGAUGCGCUCGGCGAGCGAGCCGACGAUCAACAGCGUGCCGGACGAGAACAUACGCGAGCUGCAGGAGCGUCGCGCCCUGUGCGCGGAGAUGGCGGCGACGACGGCGGCGGCGGCGAUGACGAUGUCGAUCGAUUACGAGAAGGAGGAGGCGUUCCGCGACGUGCCGACGAACCUCAGCCUCUGCGCCGAGCCGGGUGAGAUCCCGAGCAGUCCGAUGACGCAGGCGAAAGAGACCGCGUUGUGGUGCAGCAAGGGGAGGUCCGUCGUCGACCGACGCGUCGAGGAUUAUCAUAGCGAGGCACACGAGAGGUAUCUUGCCAAGGCCAAGUACGUCGUCAGCUAUGACGACGACAGCGUCACGCUGAUGGAGAACAGGACGAUGCGGAGCGAGAGAAGUGUCGAGGUACCGCGACCGAGCGUGGACGAGCGAGUCAAGAGACCCGUCGCGAGGAAGGCCGUCGUCGAUCGAGAGAGAACGUUGAGUCCCGCGCAGAAACAUCCGAUUGAGCAGCGGCCGACGCGUGCGGAGAAAUACAUCGUCAAGGAGCACGAGGAUAGCGUCGUCAUCGAGGACGCGCGGUGCGUCGAAUCGGAUUCGACGCUGAACGUUGGCGUAAAGAAAGAGGAAAAUUGCCUCGAUAAAAAGAGACUCGAGUGCGCGAGAGAUAGCAAGGUAGCGAGGAGGGACAAGUACGAGGUGAUGCGAAAGAAUGACGAGUGGAAGAGCCGCGCUUCUCCGCGGGAAUUCACCGGCAAGGAUCGACUUAAGCAAGAGAGUAAUGAAAUUAAACGCGCGAGAGAGGUGUCCUCGAUCGACCUGUCCGAGUCGACGGAACCGAUUGCCGACGUAAUUGUGAGGAGAGGAAAUCCUGUCAAAGCCGCCUUGUACAUGGAGAAAGCGAGAUCGCUCUCUGACUGCGACGACAGAGAGAGGGAUGAUGAAUUGCCUCCGUUGGAUCCGCCGCCGCUGGACGACUUCAGCUCCAUCGAGUAUCACAUGGUGGAGCCGUGCAAUCUCGGUAGAGACGCCACCUCCACGUCCACCCAGUCCGACGACGACAUCGAGCACAUCCACGCGUCCGAGGUGAUGCAGAUGCGGAUCAAGGUCGACGCGGGCAGAUGUAGGGACGCAGGCGCGACGGUCGGCGCAGUCGCGCAGUUCUCUUCUCCCGUAGUUCAACGCAAGAGCAGCAAGAGCACGAUCUCGGACGACGACCUGGAGUACAUACACAGCGUCGAGCUUGGCUUCGAAUCCACGAGCUCGGAACGCGGCGAUGUCGGCGCGAUUAAGUCCUUGACAAAGACGAGCAGCGACUGCCCACGUAGAAGGCACAGCAGACACACGUUGUCCUCCGAUGACGAUCUGGAACACGUUCAGCUCUCGGAGGCUCGCGAGUUGGAACUCGACGCGGUGGCGAGAUUGUCGCAGAGAGAACCCCCGCAGGUGGGUCAGGAAGCACCGUCGUCGGCGGAGCAGCAAGGAGCCAAGUUGAGAUCCGGCAAGAAGCGAAAGGAUAUUAUGGUGAUCGAGAAGGGUGAGACGGAGGCUGCGGAGGUCACUGUGAUAUACAACCCACUGGAGGAUGUCUGGCUCAAGUCGGAGGAGACUGACAAGUGCAGUUCCGCCGACUACUUUAAGGACAAGCCAGAGGGACCGUAUCCGAGCCCCACGAAAAGGGCAAAAAGUCGCGGCCCGAAGACGAUGAGUUUUUCACCGUCUCCGCUGCUACCCGCCAAGCGAGCCUCGCAGACGACCGACAGCGACAUCGUUGAGAUUAUCGACAUCGACGCGUUGCAGAAGGCCGACGUGGAUGCCGAUGCGACGCCGGAGUGCAAGAUUCUGCCCGUCGUCGCCGCGGCGCGUACCCGGAAGUCUCGCAAGAACAAGCGGUCGCAGUCGGACGGCCAGUCGCAGGAGAACAGUUGUACGGAGCCUUCUCUCGCCGCCCCUCUGCCUUCGUUCCGUUCCUCUAAGGUGAAAAUGGCGGAACUGCAAGAAGCUGUGCGGGAGGAGCCAUUCGCGGAACUCGGCCCCGCGGAUCAGGAGCCGAAACCUCAAGCUUCACCCUCGGCAGAGGGUGUAUCCUGGAGCUCUAUCGUCAAGAAGAGCAUUUCCUCUUCCUUGGAUUCGCAGGAAGUCCGCAAGGAGACGGAUCUUGAGCCGUUGAUAGAGGUGGAGGAAAAACUAGAAGCCGGCGAGCACGUGAGGAAGCUGGAGGAGGCUCAACUCCGCGGCGGAGACGAUCCUAUGUUCCUUGAAUCCGUGACGCGCCAAGUACGCGAGAGUACGCGACGACUAGCUUGCAGGAAUAAGGAGGAAGAGGAGGAGGGAGAGGAGGAGGAACUCCGCUUCCGUAAGAAGGAUAACGUCGAUGUAACGAAGACGACGGUGACGACGACGGCGACGACGACGGUGAAGGAGAGUGUCCUCGUAGACCUUGACGCACCGGUAGCGGACGAAGAACUUGGCACGGACAAGGAUAUUGCGCGCGUCACGACUGCUAUGGCGCGAGCUAAGAUCUCCCGGGACAAGGGGGAUAACAAAGCGACGGAGGGCAGUCCUCUCCUCGUUUCGGAAGUACGAUUCGUCGUCGACGAGACACGUCGAGGUAACGUGGCAGCCGAGAGGAGAGAAUCGCAAAGAGAUUCUUCUUUGCAGCUUCAGCCAACGCGGCAGCAGGUGGAGAGCAGUGGCAGCGGCAGCGGCAGUGGCAGUGGCGGCGACGGAGACGGCGACGGAGCGCCCGAGCGGUCAAGUAAUUUGGCCUCCUCGAAGGUGCUCCCGCAGUCCACCGUGCCUGUCGACAAGCGGAACGAAGCGGAGCGCGAGAUGCCCAGCGAGCACUCGACCGCCGCCAAGAAAACGAGCAACAGAUCUAAGAGGAAAAAGCGCAGAUGAGUAGAGGAUUGCUGCAUGGACGUGCCUAGGGCCAGCCUUGCCCUCUACAUACUCCUGAUGCAAGUGGCAGGAGCAGAUUAGCGUUCAUAUGUAAGAGAGUGAGAUCACACAUCCAAGUUCGAGGCGCGACCUUGGAAGAGCUACCUUGCAUCGGGUAGUGUCGGUUAGCCUGCGUCUCGCUACAAUGACGAUAGGCCCAUCUUUCCUUCCUGUAAUCCGCUAUUGAUACUUGCAGGAAUUCGUUCCUGGCAUAGAAAUUAAUUAUUCGAGACUGUAACGAUCGAACGGAAAAAUAAGCGCGUCGCCAUGUACGUGCGAAGUUAUCGGUCUAUCUCCAAAUUUUGUGUGGCCCUAUCUUCGUUUCGAGUCUUAUCAAUCAGUAGUUGUAUCGAUGACAAAAGUAGAUACUGUGUUCGGACGAUAUAGCGGGCAAGGUUGCGUUCUGGCGGAUCUGUUAGGACAUUAUCAGGCGCUUCGCCGUUAGUUCCAGCGGGGUGUAGAACUAACGAGGAAGUUCCCAGGACAAGAUCGCGUUUCGCCACCCGAGGAAUACCCGUGUAGCAAUUUUGAUUCGACUGCCUUAGGUUGUAAAAGAUGAUGGAGUUUGAAUUCUACAUGGCGUAAACGAAUUGCGUGUAUCUAUAUAUCGUUUGCCCAUUAUCGGCAACACAAUUGUUUGGUGCAAUUAACGCGACGUGACGAUCGCUCUUGGCCAUUAGGUGUUCAUUUGCGGGAUUGACCCUUUUUAGCUGGCCUUAUUCUUAAGUGACGACCAUCGUCCGGGAUGCAAUAGGCUAUAUUUCUUCGUUGUAGUACAAAACCUCCUCGUCAGAGUCAUUCGUUUACUGCCCGCAGAUUAUGCUUCUCGAUGACAGUACACAGAGAGGAAUUAUUAUGAAAUUGAAGAGAUUUUCGAUCAUAAUACUUUUUACAGUUUGCAGUGGCUACAAUUAGGAACUUACUUAGCUCUACGCAUUGUCUUCGUGCACUUUUGUAUAAUAUCUAUUUGUUUUUGAGGAGACUUGGAAGAGGACUCUCUAUAGUCUACAGAGUGCUACGCAACAUAUUGACCACCGGUCAUGGGAAGGUAGAGGGGACUAAGACAAACAGAAAAGUC